CUUCAUCAGAGAGAUUUCGUCCAUGAGCUCCAUCAAAGCGCACAGGAAUGUUAUCAGCUACGAGCGAGCAUGGCAAGACGGUGGGUACUUCUACAUCGUGAUGGAGUUAUGUCAAGGAGGGAACCUCGCCAAGGUUUUGGAGUCCUUGGACUGUCCAAUGUCGACGAGACGAGUCUUCUCUCUUGCGUCAGGGUUUCUCGCCGGCCUAGAGCACAUCCAUGGCUACAAGUUCAUGCACCUUGACCUCAAGCCCGACAAUCUCUUCCUGUGCGACGAGGUCGGGAUCAAGAUCGGAGACUUCGGCCUGUGCAUCCGCGAGGACGAGUGGGAGGAUCAGGAGGGGGACCGGCGAUACCUCGCGCCAGAGAUUUUGAACAGUCAAGCCACUUGCAAGUCUGACGUCUUCUCCGCCGGCCUUAUCAUCUUCCAGAUGUUGAAGAACCUGAAAGAUCUUCCUGGCAACGGUAACGACUGGCACCUGCUGAGGCAAAACUUCUCCUUCUCUGCCUCCGACCCCGGGCAGGACGGCCUUGCCCAGAUCGUGGGGGAAAUGAUCAAAAUGGACCCCGAGAGGAGACUAUCAUCGAGCGAUGCACUUGCCCGCAUCUUGUCAUGGGGCAGCACGCUGACCCUCUGAAGGGUUCCAACUAUCCAGUCCACACAGCACAUUCAUGCAUGAAGAGCUCGGAGAUCUCGAGCUCUUGUUGUCUUACAUAUACACUUGUCAUACAGCUCAUCAAUCAAUAAAGUCAAUUAUCCGCUUGU